UUGAUACAUGCUAGGCCACAAUGUAAGUAACAUUCUGCCAAUCGGGAGGAAGAAGCAGCAAGGAGACCACACGACAAGAACGACAAGAACGACAAGAACGAGGAUCGGAGACAGCUGUACGUAUGGAUAGGUAUGUCGUGGGAAGUAUCAGCGCAGAAGAUUUGCGAUGGGAACUGCGAUACGAUAUCGAGUAGUCGACGUCCUCCUUCGGCCUUGCCAAAAAAUAACUGGUAGGUACCUGUAUCAAAGUACAACAGUACCUGUGCCACAUAAUCCCGACUAUUUCAUUCUGUUUCAUUGCGUAAGUAUCCCCAUUGGCAGUUCAUUGUAUAUCAGUCUUCAACGUCUCCUCGAUGAUGCAGCCAUGGUGGUGGCAGUCUCCCACUUCGGGGGGACAGUGUUCCUAGGAAGCAGCUAUGGUGCAAUUCUGUUCAUGUGUCGACUGCAGCAAUGGUAGCCCAGCUUUGAUAUUAUUAUUACAUCCUGUCAAGAUCUAAUACGGACUUAUCCAAUGC